UCGCGAGUGGAGCAUCGGCCAGAAAAAAUGGAGGAUCGCGAUGGCGAUCUGGUCCGGGAAGAUCCAGCAGCAGCAGAGACAUCGCCAGCAAUGGAUAAUGGAGAUCCAGCAGCGGGAUUGGAAGGAAGAGGUAACGCAAUCGCUUCCAAGAGCACAGAGGAAGCGACGAGCUCGCUCCAGGCGAGCGAUUCCUCGGCCAGGGCAUUUGGAUUCACCAGGAUCGAGGAGCCGCUUGCUGUGGAAGGAAGAAGGUGCGAGCUGUGCGGUCGGGGUAGUGAGACGAUCGAAGAGCUUAAUACCACGGCGAUAGUCGCCGGUGGAGAUAGCACUGUGGGAAGAGGUGGAUUAGGACGAUUGUUGGGGCCUAUCUGUGACAAGAUGGGCGUUGCCGCGGUGUGGAUUCAUCAGGAAUGCGCAGUGUGGAGUCCCGAGGUCUAUUUCCUUGGUGUUGGAUGCUUGAAAAACGUAAAAGCUGCUCUUCGACGAGGAAGAUUUCUGAAAUGCAGUCGCUGCAAGCAGCCCGGUGCCACGAUCGGUUGUCGAGUUGCUCGCUGCCCUCGGACAUAUCAUCUGCCUUGCGCUCGACAAUCUGGCUGCAGCUUCAACCACAAGCGCUACCUUAUGUCCUGCGCCGAGCACGUGAAGCUGUUUCUUCUGCAAGACAAAAAGAGACUGCGGGAGUGCAUGAUCGACGACCAGCUUUCCAGAAAAAGCUUCAAAGAGACCAAAGUUGCGGAGAAUGCCGAGGACGAUGAGUUUCUGAAGCGUGAGAAGAAGAGACUGCAUCGCGAUCUUGCUCGGCUAGCUCCAGUAGUGCUCGGGGGUGAUAGUUCAACGGCACAGGGUGAUGCGUUUAGAUACGAAGGCUGGGAAUCUAUCGGUGGUCUCCGGAACGUAGUGCAGUGCUUGAAGGAGAUGGUAACGCUGCCUUUGCUUUACCCGGACAUCUUCCACAAAGUUGGGAUAGUGCCACCUCGUGGGGUGCUUCUGCAUGGUUACCCUGGUACAGGCAAGACACUUGUUGUGCGAGCUCUUCUAGGCGCUUGUGCUCGCGGCCAGCAGAAGAUAUCGUACUUUUCUCGGAAGGGAGCAGACUGCUUGGGAAAAUACGUUGGCGACUCCGAGCGGCAGCUUCGCUUACUGUUUCAGCUAGCGGAGCAGUCUCAGCCUUCCAUCAUCUUCUUCGACGAGAUCGAUGGACUUGCUCCGAAGCGAACGAGAAACCAGGAUCAAACGCACAGCUCAGUUGUUUCCACGCUACUCGCCUUGAUGGAUGGUCUCAGCCCGAGGGGCUCGGUGGUGGUCAUAGGGGCUACUAAUCGUCCAGACUCCCUCGAUCCAGCACUGAGGCGAGCUGGACGUUUCGACCGUGAGAUAUUUUUUCCUCUGCCUUCGGUUGCGGAUAGAGAAGCCAUUUUGAGAGUCCAUACGAAGACAUGGAAGCACGGGCCUUCCCGUGAGGUGCUGUCACUAAUGGCGAGAUCCACAGUCGGGUUUGCUGGAGCGGACUUGCAAGCCUUGUGCGCGCAGGCUGCUAUGGUGGCACUGAAGAGAACAGUCUGCCUUCAGGAUCUUCUCAGCGUUCCGUCAAGAGAAUCGACUGAACUUUUAGAUUUGCAUAUUCAAGCGGAGGAUUGGUUCGCUGCACUAGCUCAGGCUGGACCCCCAUGCUCUCGAAGAUUGCUCGGAAGUGCCUUGAGCGAGAUACAAAUCUCGCCACUGCCGCGGUAUUUAGUUCCGGUCCUGCUAAGACCCGUUCUACGCGUCCUAUCCCAUCUCGAGUCCGACGGCAGGUUCUCGCUUCCUUUCCAGUUGCGAAAGCCGCUUGCUUUCGUCAAGGAAAAGAAGCUGGUUGAUACUGCAACCUCGUGGUCGCCAGCGAUAUUGAAAGAGGUGGAGAUAGCUUGUAAGGGAGCUGGGAUAGUUGCUGGUGACGACUUUGAGGAUGUGGAUGGGAAUAUUGCCGUCGAAACGAUAUUGAUGAAAAAGUUGGGGAACGCCUGGAAGACGGACAGCCUGCGGAUACUACUAACGGGCACUCCAGGAGAUGGGAAGAGUUUGGUGGCAGCAUCGAUUCUACACGUCUUUCAGUCUUGCAUGCAGGUUUUUCUACUGAGCUUGCAAACUAUGAUCCAAGCAGGGUCAGGAGAAGUGUCGGAGGGGCUUAUUCAGAUUCUAAGCGAGGCAAGAGCUGUUCCAUCCGUCGUGUUUAUGCCGAGAGUGGAGUCGUGGGCUUUGGAACAAGAGUGGGAAAUUGGAAAUGAAGAAGAAAAGUCUCUUGUUUCGUCUAGAGCGUGGGGAACCUUCUUGCAGCAAACUCGGUCAUUACCUUCAGAUCGUCCUGUAUUCUUUUUGGCGACCUGUGACGACCAACAACUUACGUCUGACGUUUUGAGUUUCUUCUCUGCUCCGACCUCGAGCUCAAUGUCUACGCUAACACACCGUGCAUGCGUCGAAGUUCAAGUGCCUACGGAGAGCGAAAUCAUGGAGGUUUUGGACCGUGCAGCGGAUUCUCUCGCCCUUGAUCUCUCAACAGCGACAAAGCAAACGUCUGUGACUGAAAUAGAAACUAUAGAUCCUCCAGAGACAACAAAAGAAGCGAGCAUUGCUGCGAGCCAAAGCGGUCCUAUUGCACCCCCUCCGGAACCAGCGAAACAACGGUGUCCAACUCUUGACGCGGUUCGUCUCUGUGGUCACCAGCUUUUAAACUCUCCGCACUUCAUGGCUAUUCGACAAGCAACUCUGAGACUAAACGCCGGUCCGAGCCUAUAUCUCGAGAAUCCUUACAGUGGACUCUGGGUGAUGAAAACUGUCGAGAACGAAGAGGCAACACGAGGUGAUACAGAAGAAGUGGCUCACGCUAUUAUCAACACCGACGAGAAAGUGGACGAGAAAGUGGACAACAGCAGUAAUGCCAACGAAAACGCACUGGAAUCGGCUCGUAGACGCGCCCUUGAACCAGACACAGAAGAGAAUGGUCCAGACGACGCGAGCAGGACAGUACGAGGCCUCGAUGCUGUGGCACUCAAGGCAUGCAAAGGCUUUUACACAAGCGGUCUAGACAUGAACUUGGAGCUCAAGUGUGUGAUGGAGCUCCUCCGUGAGAAGCUGAACAGGAAAUCGAGUAGAAGGAGCCAGUGGUUUCGUUAUCAGCUUUUGGCUCAGGCCGGUGCUCUUCAAGAUCUUAUGGAGUGCUGGGUUCAUGAGUUGAGACGGCUGGAAAGUCGUGACAGGAAGCCCAGAUUGACGCAAGCUUCAUCCGAUGGUACUGUUCAAGAAGGCUCUGCAGAUAGAAAGCUAGGUAGCUCAAGCAAGAGUGUGGCAAACCGGCGGAAAAUGGGCAAUUUGUCGCACCAGUCGCUUGAAAGCCUGAAAGCCACAGCCACGAAGCUUUUUGUCGAUGUCUGGGAUAAACAGGGGCGCAGUUUAAUGGUGGAUAAAGUCCAUGACCUCGUCAGCGAAACGUCGGCCAUGAUAUGUGGUGAGCUUAGGAAAAAGACUGAUGUAGUUGCGGGACUUUCUUCCAUAAGAAGCAAAUGCUUAUAACAAACUAUAAACUCAGUUUUGCCUGCAAACCAAA